UCAUCUGUCUUCGUCCGUCGUGAAGUUCGACGCCCAAGGGCGGGUAGAAUUGACGCCUUAAGCCCUUAUUUACUCCGUUUUAGGCGUGACUUGCUGACGUUCAAAACCCUAGUGUCUCUUCGUUUCUUUUCUCGAAGAGAAAAAGUUGCAGGAGAACCGUAUCCUCGUCCAAUGGCGGUCGCCAGCAUCCUCCGCCGAGCAUCUUCCACCGUAGUUCCUUUAGCUCUCAGGGUUCUGAGGACGCAGACAAGCUUCUACCACUCUGCUCUCCUUGCUCCUUCGAGUUCCAGGCGUUUGGCUCAAGAAUUUUGCAGAAGAGUCCCCUCUUCUUGGUCGUGUUUUUCAUCGACCGCCACGAAAGGGGAGGACGCGCGUCUACUUGAAGUCAUCAAGUCGGAGAUUAAGUGUGCCGAGGAGUCUGAUUAUCAUGAUCUGAAAGAUGAGGUUCCGGAGAAUUUUCCUUUUGAAAUCCAAGAUAAUCCUGGUGAGCAAACCAUCUCAUUAAAAAGACAAUAUGAUGAUGAACUUAUCACCGUGGAAGUUCAUAUGCCUGAUCUUGUGACUGGCGAGGAGAGGGAUGGUGGCGACGAUGAUGGCACUGAUACCGAAAGACCUGGUCAGUCUGCCCUCACUUUGGUGGUUAACAUCGCCAAAGGUGAUGGACCCUGUUUGGAGUUCUGCUGUUCUGCAUAUCCAGAUGAAGUCACCAUAGAUAGCAUGUCUGUUAAGGAACAGGAAGCUUCUGAGGAGCAGCUUGCCUACGAGGGACCAGAUUUUUCGGACUUGGACGAGAAUCUACAGAAAGCGUUCCAUAAGUAUCUGGAGCUCCGAGGGAUCAAGGGAAGCACAACAAAUUUCUUGCACGAGUACAUGAUAAAUAAGGAUAGCAGAGAAUACCUGAAUUGGUUGAAGAAUUUGAAGAAAUUCGUUGAAAAAUAGAACGUUGCAGGCGGUUCUUACAAAUGCUUCUUGUUGAUCUGAAUUAUAAUCAUCAUUAAGCUUCUUUCUGUGCUUUAGUCAGUGAUAUGGUGUGAAAUAAGUAGUAAACUCUUCUUGAAAGUUUUGUAGUGGGAUCCCUUGUCAGGGUUCCGAGUUCAUUUAUUUGCUAAACACAAACAAAUGAUUUUGGUUACUUCGGCUCCAGAUGAAUCUGCAGAGUGCGAGAACUUGUUACUUAAGCAUUUCAUUCUGACUGUUUUCAAGUCAUGAUAAAUUUAUAAUUGAAUGUCCGUCUUUGUUUGUA